CAACACUGUUGGCAACACUGCUUCAGUGUUUCUUCUGGUUUCUUUUCUGUCAAAAAAUAGUGCUGCUGUUGUCGGCAUUAAAAAUGAAGUUCAACAAAUUAGUGACUGCUUCUAGAAGCAAAAAUAGGAAACGGCAUUUCACUGCCCCUUCUCACAUCAGAAGGACUUUGAUGUCCGCACCUCUUUCAAAAGAACUUAGACAAAAAUACAAUGUAAGCACUAUGCCCAUCCGCAAAGAUGACGAAGUACAAGUUGUGAGGGGUCAUUAUAAAGGCCAACAAGUAGGUAAAGUUGUUCAAGUAUACAGGAAAAAAUUCGUUAUAUAUAUUGAACGAAUUCAGAGAGAAAAAGCGAAUGGAGCUAGUGUAUAUGUAGGAAUUCACCCUUCCAAAGUCGUUAUUGUUAAGUUGAAAAUGGACAAAGAUAGGAAGAAGAUUAUUGACCGCAGAGCCAAGGGACGUUUGGCUGCUUUGGGCAAAGACAAAGGAAAAUACACUGAAGAAUCAGCUGCAUCUGCUGUAGAAACAUCUUAAGUGUAGAAUUAAUUUUUAUU